AUGGUGCUGGCGGGUCUGUCUACUGGAUUCACGCUUUUAGUGGCGGUGUCCGUUGCCUCUGACCUUCAGCUCUUGGGCCCCUCUUCACGGAUGGAUUGCGUGAGGGCCAGUGAGCACUGCCUGAGGGAGCCUGUCUGCAGCUCCAGGUACCGGACCAUGAGGCAGUGCUCCUCCGGGGGAAAAGAGACUAACCUCAGCCAGGGGGGCUCUCUGGAGGGCAAGGACGAGUGCCGUGCUACCAUUGACGCUCUUAAACAGAGCCAGCUGUACAACUGUCGCUGCAAGAGAGGCAUGAAGAAGGAGAAGAACUGUCUACGCAUCUACUGGGGCCUCUACCAGACUCUGCAAGGGCUUUACCACAACAGCGUUUCCAUUGUCGUCAAACUCACAUUUUACAGCUGGAACCCUGGUGGAGUUUGCUCCAGUGGAACCCCAGUCUUUCUACCACUGAGGGACAACUGA